UGGGGGUUUGGAAAGCUUCAUACUCCACGAUCAGGUCACCAGGUGGUUCACUGAGCUUAAUUCUCCCUAAUAGGAUUACUUGUCACAAGCUGGGAUGCCCAGGCGGCAUGUCAGCUGGUGACACCACCCACAGCAAGUACAAGGAACACACUACCCACAGCUAUGUUUAUCACUGUUGUUUGAGAAUUUGCAGAUUUAGUGUGUUUUAUUUCCACUAGUCACACCAUCCAUGGGGUAAUGUAUUAACUUUUUAAUGGUGUAGCAUCAGUCAGGUCUAAUGGGGCUUCUGGAUAAACUGACGGGCUGGCUCGGCCUCAGGAAGAAGGAGGUCAACGUUUUGUGUUUGGGACUGGACAACAGCGGCAAAACUACCAUCAUAAACCAACUCAAACCUCCUAAUACGCAGGCACAAGAAAUAGUCCCAACAAUUGGCUUCAACAUUGAAAAGUUCAAGAGCUCAAGCCUGUCUUUCACAGUCUUUGAUAUGUCCGGGCAGAACAGAUACAGAAACCUGUGGGAGCAUUACUACAAAGAGAGCCACGCCAUCAUAUUUGUCAUCGACAGCGGUGACAAGCUGAGGAUGGUUGUCGCCAAAGAGGAACUAGAUACUGUUCUCAGUCACGAAGAUAUCCGCUGCAAAAAGAUACCAAUAUUGUUCUUUGCUAACAAGAUGGAUCUGCAGGACGCCAUGUCUUCUGCCAAGGUCUCACAGAUGUUGUGCUUGGAGACCAUCAAAGACAAACCCUGGCACAUCUGUGCCAGCAAUGCUAUCAAAGGAGAAGGCCUCCAGGAAGGACUGGACUGGCUGCAAGAACAAUUUGGACAAUCAUAUCAAAACAAUGAACACGUGAAUGACUGAAAUGUCUGGACAGAACUGGACAGGCCAGUGGAUCUCAUUCACCGGUUGGAGAGUAUUCAUCACACUUGGUGUCGUAGGCCUUAAAACUUCCCGUGCUGUUUGACACCAUGUUUCUUUGAAAAAAAAGAUGAAAAAUCCUGCUAAUAAAAAAGCAGCCACCAGUAGCUAAUAACCUGUCUGAAAGUCUGAAAAACAUACCAUAAACUGAAAAUAUCCAUAUUUUUUCUGUAACAUUUUUUUUUAUUAUUAUUAUUUGAGGCUGCUUCUUUUUUAUUUCAUGACACAUGCUUUGAUUUAUAUCAACAACUGAACUUUUUGGUUUUUUUUUCCAAAAAUGCUGUCACUGCUGGAUAUUGU